AUGGCUCUCCGUCUUCACAACCUACCCCUACCCCUCCUCCUCCUCCUCCUCGCGCUAUCCACCGCCUCCGCCACCCACUCGCCGGAGAGCGCCACCGCCUCCGCCUCCGCCCGCGCCCACCACCACCACCACCGCUCGCCGUUCGGCACGACCGCCCACUUCCACCCCGUCCCUAGCGCCGCGCCCUCCAUGCACCAAAACCACCUCCACGCCGACACCCAGUCCCUGCUCGCCACCGGCGACGUCGACCCCGUCCUCGCCGACGCGCAGGCCACGGACGCGGCGGAGGCCCGUCCCGCUCCGCUCGUGCCGCCCCAGGCCGAAGCGGCAUCACCGCCUCCCACGCUCGUCCUCCCGGUGCCGGAUCUCGCGGAGGCGACGCCGCGGCCGCAGGAGGAGGGGUCCGCGCCGACGACGACCACCACGCCUCUUCCGCUCCCUGCCACCGUGGCGACGACCACGAGCCCGCCUCCGCCUCCCGCCGUGUCCGACGCCGAGCAGGGGCUGCAGCAGCUCUCCAGGGUGCUCACCUCGCUGGGGUACAACGAGAUGGCGUCGGAGGCGCCGCUCCUCGCCCACGCGCCGCCGCUCGCGAGGUGGCCCGGGGCCAUCACCGUCUUCGCCGCCCCCGACGCCUUCCUCCAGGCCGCCUGCCCCAUGUGCUCGCGCCGCCACCUCCUCGAGCAGCACAUCGCCAUGGGCUACUACCCCUACUCCGAGCUCGCCGCCGCAGCCACCAUGAAGAUCCCCUCCGCCUCCGUCGGCUUCUGCAUCAAGGUCGCCACCGAGCGGGGCCCCUUCGGCAUCCACUACGCCAGGAUCUACGCCGACGGCGUCGAGGUGUCCCACCCCGAGCUCUACAACGACGGCCGCUACGUCGUCCACGGCCUCCACGGCUUCCUGCGCCCGCUCACGCACUCCUGCUUCGACGGCCAGCACCACCAUCACCUCACCGGCCGCUCCGCCGCAGCCUCCGCGGCCACCGCUGCCUCCGUGGUGCGCAUCAUGAUCCGCGACGCCAUGGCGCGACUCCGCGACGGGGGCUACGGCUUCAUGGUGCUGGCCAUGCGCGUCAAGUUCGCCGAGCUCGAGAAGUUGGCCAACCUGACGCUCUUCGCGCUCGACGACCCGGCCAUCUUCGUCGGCGGAGGCCACGACUACGUCUCGGCGGUGCGCUUCCACAUCGUCCCCAACCACCGCCUCACGCGCGCAGACCUCCAGCGCCUCCGCCCCGGCACGGUCCUCCCCACGCUGGCCGGCGAGGGGCAGAGCCUCGUCGUCACCCACUACGCCACCGGCUCCGCCUCCUCCAACGACGACGUCCGCAUCAACUACAUACCCAUCAAGGAGCCCGACGUGGUGGUCAACUCGCGCAUCGCCGUCCACGGCGUCUACGUGCCGUUCCCUCGCCUCCACCUCGCCGACCUCGCCGUCGCGUCCGCCACCGACCAGACGAACGGCACCUGCGGCGUCGGGGAGCCCUUCGGCGACUGCGCCUCCUCAGCGAUCACCUCUCCCGGCGAGUGA